AUGAUUCAAGUCCUCGUUUUCUUUGUUUGGGCCAACGAAUAUCGGACUCCUGCCGACCAAGCAGCACGAGACCAUUUCCGCAACGCCUUGGGACCAAUCGUUGAAGAAUACGACCUGGUCUGGAGCAUUCACCACGCUACACUCCGAGUUCACACCUUCAUACGAUGGGCCAAUGCAUCUCUGGAGUGCACAGAGUGA